CCUGGGGCCGCUCCGCUUGGCGCACAUCCAUGCGGCGCUGGCACCUGAGCCCGGGGCUGCGAAGAGAGCUGCUUUUCUUCCUGCUGUUUUCCAAAGCAACUGGCAAGUUUGCUGCUGCCGCGGCCUCCCGUGACCCAGGGAAGCUCCCGGCCCCGCACCACCUGCGCCGGCAUCGCCGCCCGCCCCAGCACGUAGGCGCGAGCACCGGCAGCGCUCGGGGGCUGCCGCAGCCCUGGGGGGAUGAGUUCCACCCCUUCAUCGAGGCGCUGCUCCCCCACGUGCGGGCCUUCGCCUACACCUGGUUCAACCUGCAGGCCCGCAAGCGCAAGUACUUCAAGAAGCACGAGAAGAGGAUGACGAAGGACGAGGAGCGGGCGGUGAAGGACGAGCUGCUGAGCGAGAAGCCCGAGGUGAAGCAGAAGUGGGCCUCGCGCCUCCUGGCCAAGCUGCGCAAGGACAUCCGGCCCGAGUGCCGCGAGGACUUCGUGCUCUCCAUCACCGGCAAGAAGCCGUCGUGCUGCGUCCUCUCCAACCCCGACCAGAAGGGCAAGAUGCGCCGCAUCGACUGCCUGCGGCAGGCCGACAAGGUGUGGCGGCUCGACCUGGUCAUGGUCAUCCUCUUCAAAGGGAUCCCGCUGGAGAGCACCGACGGCGAGCGGCUGGUCAAGGCGGGCCAGUGCACCAACCCCAUCCUCUGCAUCCAGCCCCACCACAUCAGCGUCUCCGUCAAAGAGCUCGACCUCUACUUGGCCUACUUCGUCCGCGAGAGAGACUCCGAGCAGAGCAGCAGUCCCCGGACGGGCAUCGCCUCGGACCAGGAGGACACGAAGCCCAACACGCUGGAUUCCACAGACUUCCAGGAAAGCUUCGUCACCUCGGGGGUGUUCAGCGUCACCGAGCUCAUCCAGGUGUCCCGAACGCCGGUGGUGACGGGCACGGGCCCAAAUUUCUCCCUGGGGGAGCUGCAGGGCCACCUGGCCUACGACCUGAACCCCUCCAGCACGGGCAUGAGGAGGACGCUGCCCAGCACCUCCUCCAGCGGGAGCAAACGGCACAAGUCUGGCUCCAUGGAGGAUGACAUCGACACGAGCCCCGGCGGCGAGUACUACACCUCCUCCAACUCGCCCACGAGUAGCAGCCGCAACUGGACAGAGGACAUGGAAGGGG